UGUGAAACAAUUCGAGUUGAAGCUGAUGGUGGUGAUAAAGAUAAAGGAUUGGAAUGUUAUGGAGUUGAGUUUUCUGAAAAUUGCACUUCAUAUCACGGACCUCACUCUAUUGAUUGUCUCAUCACAAUUUGGAAGGAAGUGGAUUGCAAACUGAAAGGUUAUAGAUUUCCCAACAACCUCACCACCGCGGAUAGUGAUUCUUUAAAAACCUCAAAUUUGACAGCAAUAAAAGUAAAUAUGGAAGCUGUUAAAUCAGCAGCAGAAAAUGGAGAUGAUGGUCAUCAAUUAAAUUGUUAUGGUUUAGCGUUUCCUAAAAAUUGUGACUAUUACGGACCACACAGUGUGGAAUGUCUUACCACUAUCUGGGAAUCAAAAGGUUGUUUGAGUGAAGGAACAAAAGCUCCAGUUAAAUUGAAUGCCGCUGAAAAAGAGGAUUUGCAUUUUCUAAACUUGGAUCAAGUUUUGGAUAAUUUUGGAGCCGUUCGAAUGAAAGCCGAUGGUGGUAACAAAGAUAAGGGAUUGGAAUGUUAUGGAGUUGAGUUUUCUGAUAAUUGCACUUCAUAUCACGGACCUCAUUCUAUUGAUUGUCUCAUCACAAUCUGGGAAGAAGUGGAUUGCAAGGUCAAAGGUUACAGAUAUCCCAACAAUCUCACGACUGCUGAUGCAGAUGAUUUGAAAUUUUUAAAUUUACGAGCUAUAACAGAAAACAUGGAAGGUGUGAAAUCAGCAGCUAAUGACGGGAAUCAUGAUCAUCAAUUAAAUUGCUAUGGAUUUGUAUUUCCUGAAGACUGUGACACAUAUUACGGACCACACGGUGUGGAAUGCCUUACCACUAUCUGGGAAUCACACGGUUGUUUAAAUGAAGGAACAAAAGCUCCAGUUAAUCUUAAUGCUGGUGAUAUCGAUGCUUUGGAUUUACUAAACCUAGAUGAGAUUUUUAUUUAUUUUAAAAAUACUCGAGUUGGAGCUGAUGGUGGUGAUAAAGAAAAGGGAUUGGAAUGUUAUGGAAUUGAUUUUUCUGAAAAUUGUUCUUCAUAUUACGGACCUCAUUCUAGUGAUUGUCUCAUCACAAUUUGGGAAGAAGUGAAUUGCAAGGUCAAAGGUUAUAGAUAUCCUGGUAACCUCACAAGUGCAGAUGAUACCCUGCAAACAUUAAACUUAAGAGCUGUAAGAAGAAACAUGGAAGGUGUGAAAUCAGCAGCAGAUGAUGGAAAUGAUGAUCAUCAGUUGAACUGUUAUGGAAUAGUAUUUCCCGAUGAUUGUGACACAUACUAUGGUCCACACAGUGUGGAAUGUCUUACCACCAUCUGGGAAUGGAAAGGUUGUUUAAGUGAAGGAACCAGAGCCCCAGUUAAAUUAAACUUAGAAGAGAAGAAUUUUCUUGAUUUGUUAAAUUUGAAUGAGGUAAUGGACAAUUUUGAGACCAUUCAAAUGGAAGCUGGUGGUGGUGAUAAAGAUAAAGGAUUGGAAUGUUAUGGAAUUGUUUAUCCCGAGAACUGUGAUUCAUAUCAAGGACCUCAUUCUAGUGAUUGUCUCAUCACAAUUUGGGAAGAAGUGAAUUGCAAGGUCAAAGGUUAUAGAUAUCCUGGUAACCUCACAAGUGCAGAUGAUACCCUGCAAACAUUAAACUUAAGAGCUGUAAGAAGAAACAUGGAAGGUGUGAAAUCAGCAGCAGAUGAUGGAAAUGAUGAUCAUCAGUUGAACUGUUAUGGAAUAGUAUUUCCCGAUGAUUGUGACACAUACUAUGGUCCACACAGUGUGGAAUGUCUUACCACUAUCUGGGAAUGGAAAGGUUGUUUAAGUGAAGGAGCAAAUGCUCCAGUUAAAUUAAACUUAGAAGAGAAAGAUUUUCUUGAUUUGUUAAAUUUGAAUGAGGUUUUGGACAAUUUUGAAACGGUUCAAAUGGAAGCUGAUGGUGGUGACAAAGAUAAAGGAUUGGAAUGUUAUGGAAUUGUUUAUCCUGACAAUUGCACAUCAUAUCAUGGAUCUCAUUCUCUUGAUUGUCUUAUCACAAUCUGGGAAGAAGUGGGUUGCAAGGUCGAAGGUUAUAGAUAUCCUGGCAACCUCACAAUUGUAGAUGCUGCAAUACAAACAUUAAACUUGCGAGCAUUAAGAGCACACAUGGAAAGUGUAAAAUCAGCAGCAGAUGGUGGAAAUGAUGAUCAUCAGUUAAAUUGUUAUGGCUUGGUGUUUCCCGAUGAUUGUGACACAUACUAUGGACCGCAUAGUUUAGAAUGCCUUACAAAUCUAUGGCUUAUAAAUGGUUGUUUAAGUGAAGGAACUGAGGCUCCAUUUAAAAUUGAUCUGAAAGAAAAGGACUAUCUUGAUUUAUUAUCUCUUCAGUAAGUUUGAUUAUUAACUUUUUCGA